CUGCUCCAGCUGCCGACACCACAGCAACUGAAAAAAAAGUAGAGCCAGAGGGGGAGAGAAAUGCUGCCGGACCUGUUGAUAUCACAGCAAUGACUUACAACACUCGCGGCGUGGAUUACAGAUUCUGCCACUCGGAGUUGGUGACACGGGAUUUGAAGUUUUGGAUUUUCUCUGUUGCUUAAAUGCUGUCGCUGGGCAAAAUGCACUCCAGAGCAAAAUCCCGGAGUUGUGACAACUACCUGAGUAUUAAGGACGCUGAGUCUUUGGACAACUGCAUCCAGAGCACCUUGUCUGCACUGUACCGUCCCUUCAGUGCCACUGCUGCCACCGUCCUCUGGCAGCUCUUCAGCGUGGUGGAGCGGCAGUAUCGUGGAGACGGACUCCGCUGCCUCAUCGACUUCCUGCUUCCUGCCAAGAGGAUCCUACAGGUCAUCCAAAAAGAAACCUGCGUGAGGUUCAGAGGCUUGCUGUUCUAUCAUGAGGGGUGGCCUCUCUGCAUCCACGAGAAAGUCGUCCUGCAGCUCGCCCCUCUGCACAAGGUUCGACUAAAGCAAGGAGACUUCUACCUACAAGUCGUCCCUUUGGGCCGCAAGGCUGCCAAGCUCGUGAUAAAAUGUUUGUCGGCCAGUGGGCAGGCCAUCGCCGAAAUCCCCAUCUCAGAGAGCAUGUAUGGCAGCGUCUUCACAGCUGAGUUCCUGCAGAAUGUAACGCGCGACCGGAACCUGCACCCGCUACAGAACUGCCUGCUCACCACCGGUACGGCCGUGUACAGGACGCCGUGGAAGAACGUGGUCAACCCGCUCUUUGUCAGCAGCACGGCGGACGCCAUCAUGCAAGCGCGCUGCAGCAGAGGCGGCUUCAGAGGCCACCUCAGCACCUGCAGCACCAGCGGAUCCACGGGGACGCUGGACAGCCACCGCAGCUCCAGGGAGUCGCUGCACUCCCAGGGAGCCGACUCCAUCUUCUCCGAGCCCACCUCCCCGAACAGAAACCACACGGACUCCAGCAGCGAGAGCCACGGAGCUGAUCCCGCUGCACCCGUCAUCAAAAUCGAAAGACCUGCCGAAGAGUGCGGCGUGGGACGGGAGAGCGAGGACAGCGGUGGACGGGACAGAGCGUCCAAGAUGCUCUCUUUCACCACAGACCUCAGUAACCCCGGUCCUCGACGCCGCCUCCCAAGAGACUCUGUGGCCUUCGAGAGCAGGAGACUUUUCAGGAAAUCCUACAUGGAGGCCCUGCAGAACCCGAUGAGCCUCGGUUCCAGCUCUGAGUCCAUCCUGGAGGAAAGCCCUGAGCACAGCACCGGCCUACGAGAGGCAGCGGUGACUCCGGGCAGCAGCCCCGACACCAGGACGUCUCCCAGGGAACACUUGUCUCGGAGGUUUGGUAGCCGGGGCUGGCUCAGCGGCGACGACUCCAGGCCCAGCACGCCUCUGCUUUACUUCCAGAGGGGCUUACGGAGCGCGGAGAGGCGGGCAGAAAGGAGGUCCAAGUCGCUGGAGAGGACUAACAAGGCAGGACAGGUCAAAGGCCACAGAGAACGCUCGUCGUCUGGAGGAUCUGCCAGCAUCUCCCCCAAAAAGCUAAUAAACGGUUACGCUCUUCGCUUCGGGAAGCUGGAUGUGGAGGCAGCAUUUCCUGGUACUGAGAGGAGAAGCAGCAAAGAGGAGACAGGCCAGCGUGAGGACGGCAUCAGCAGCGAGAGCAGGCGGCACAGAAAUAGUGGAGAAGAGCUGCACAGUCCUAAAGCUGCCAAUGGGACGGCCAUCAGACACGAGUGUAACGCAGUCUUCCCCAAACUGGUGUCAGAGGUCAAUCAAGAGCUGCUCACGUCUGGUGCUGUGAUCCUGCCAGGUAACCGAGACCGCGGUGGGAGAGCAGUGCUGCAGGUGUGCACGAGAGCUCAGGUGUGGGCAGGUGAGACCUGCACGGUCAGUGACCUGACCUGUUUACUGGGCUACUACUACUCAACUCUGCGGAAAGAAAGGCGUGAUCAAGGUCUCACUGUUGUAAUAGACAGCAGAAGGCAGCAGCCUGUUCCAGCUCUGUUGUCAUCUCUGUCUGAAUUUCAGGCUUUAGUACCAAAUGCACUUUACUCAGCUCUGUUCCUGGCGGACAAAGAGGCAGCAGCCAAACCCGAGAGAGACAUCAACGUACAGACUGAGACGCUGUCAUCUCUGAAGGCCCUGCUGAAGCACAUCGACCAAACCCAGCUCACACGAGAACUGGAGGGCACGUUCCACUACGACCACAACCACUGGAUCCACUUCAGACAGAAAAUCGAACCGUUUGCCAGCAGCUGCAGCGCCGCCAUCGCCUCCCUGCAGGAGUCCAUCAGCACACUGAGCGCCAGCAGCAACCUGAAGACCUCGAAGGAGGUUUCCGAGGUGAUCGAGCAGCAGAGGCAUCUGAUGAAGUGCGUGCUGGAUGACACCCGACUAAACAGACUGCGGUUAGAGGGAGGAACCGUACUCGCCAGAAUCAGGAAGGAGGAGGCCUGUGACAAUGAAAACUACAGGGAUGCUGUCGACAUGUUGAAUGCAUUGUACAACCAAGUGGACGAAGAGGUUCAUAAGCUUGUGAUUCUGUCCAACAAGUCACAGAAACAGCUGGAGAGCCUGCUGGAGGUGCGCAAGUUUGAGGAGCAGACACAGCAGAUCAAACUCUGGUUCAGCGUAGCGGGAGAGAAGCAGCUCACUCCACUGGAAUCGAUCACUCUGUCUGUAGCCAAAAUAAAGGAGAUGAAAGAAAGUUUGGAGCAGUUUCUGGAAGAGUCAGUGCACCAGCAGAGGCAUGGCCUGCAGCUGGUCAAAGAGUCUCCGGAGUCCCUUCCAGGUUCGGUUCUGCUCGACUUUAAACAACAUCUGGGUUCCAUGUUGAGCAGAGUGGAGCAGAGGAAGGCUAAGCUGGACACCCUGACCAACCUGUAUGAGUUCUACGACUCGGCCAACCAGUGGAUGGACCACUGUCAGGAUUAUUUCCGUCACCUGAGUCUGGACAGCACAGCUGGCAGAUUUUCUCCAUCCGUGGUGCAGAUCCUGCAGGAUUAUUGCAGCGAGGCUUCCAAGUUCUCCACGGAAAACUUCAGCACGCUCAAUGACAUGGUGCUCUCGGUGGAGAGUCCUCAGCAGCUGCAGCAGUGGAACUCUGUGUGGCACAAAUGUCAACAGACCAAACAGCAGCUGGAAGAGACUUUGGCUCAAGCCAUGACGGCAGCACCGAGCUCCGCAGCAGCCGAUACGUCGGAUCCUUUAAAGACUCCGGAAAGUCAGAUUGCGAGUCCAGAGCAGCUUGGAGCCAACGGGUGUGUGCGUUUACCCGGGGCGAUCACACCGCUGACUUUUGAGGAGAGCAAGAAUGACUCUAAUGGGCCUUUCUCCAAGAGCCCAUCCAGUUCCAUCUCCUCUUCAUCACACUUCACGUUCUCCCCCGACUCCGAGAGCAAACUGAGGCAGAGUCCGUCCAUGUUCGACGACACGGACAGCGACUGCACCAUCGACUCCACCAUCUCCUGCCACUCCGAGCCCAUCUACUCUGGAACCUCGCGGCUCCGCAAGCAGCCCAUGAAGAAGAUCAUGAAGAAGACCAUGAGCUACGAGCUGACCCCGAGAGACAGCGGCCACUCGGAUGUCAGCCACGUUCACGGCUACACGGGAGUCUACAUUAAAGGUUUGGAGGUGGCCAACAACGUGUCCGCGGAGAAGAAGCUGCAGAGGCCGGACGUGUUGAGCCCCGCGUUGGGCCGCAGUCGCAGCAUGUCGACGCCCUCCAGGACCCAUAACAGACGCAGUGACGGAGAAGGCAAGAAGCAGAGCAGUAAAGUGCAGCACAUCAUGGAUGAAAUGAUUUCCACAGAGCGGGAGUACGUUCGCUCUCUCAGCUACAUCAUCGAACACUAUUUCCCGGAGAUGGAGCGUCUCGACUUGCCUCAGGACCUGCGGGGGAAGCGCAGCAUCAUUUUCGGGAAUGUGGAGAAACUGUGGGACUUCCACAGCCAAUAUUUCUUGAAGGAGCUGGAGGCGUGCGCCCACUCCCCGCUGUCCAUCAGCAGCUGUUUCCUCCGACACGAGGAUCAGUUUGGAAUGUAUGCCCUGUACAGCAAGAAUAAGCCCCAGUCCGACGAUCUGCUCUACAGCCACGGGAACGAAUUCUUUAAGAACAAGCAGAUGGAGCUCGGGGACAAGAUGGACUUGGCGUCCUACUUGCUGAAGCCCAUUCAGAGGAUGAGUAAAUUUGCGCUGCUGCUCAAAGACCUGAUAAAGGAGUGCAGCCAGUCCCAGGAGCAGGAGCUGAGUGACCUCCGCACUGCAGAGGAGAUGGUCAAGUUUCAGCUUCGCCAUGGCAACGACCUGCUGGCCAUGGAUGCCAUUCGAGGCUGUGAUGUGAACCUGAAGGAACAGGGUCAACUCCGCUGCCAGGAUGAGUUCAUCGUCUGGUGUGGACGCAGGAAAUACCUUCGCCACGUCUUCUUGUUUGAGGACCUCAUCCUCUUCAGCAAGACCAAGAAGAUAGAGGGAGGAUACGAUAUUUACAUCUACAAACAGUCCUUCAAAACGGCAGAAAUAGGUAUGACUGAAAAUGUUGGCGACAGCGGCCUGCGUUUUGAGAUCUGGUUCCGUCGGAGGAAGUCACAGGACACGUUCAUACUCCAGGCCAGCUCUGCGGAGGUCAAGGCAGUGUGGACGGCUAUUAUUGGAAAGAUCCUGUGGAGGCAGGCGCUCAGGAACAGAGAGUUGCGUAUGCAGGAGAUGGUGUCCAUGGGGAUUGGAAGCAAACCUUUCAUGGACAUCAAGCCAAGUGAUGCAGCCAUCAGCGACAGAGCCAUUGACUACAUCAUGAAGGGGACAGAGUCCAGGACCAGGGCGUCCAUUGCAGUGCCAUCAUUCGAACACUGCACCUCAUUCAAGAGGCCUCACUCCACCAUCUCCAACAGCAGCACCUCCUCGUCCAGCAGCCAGUCGUCCUCCUCCCUGCUGGGUUCGCUCAAUCUCCACCUGUACUCCUCACCCUCUCACCCGCACACACAUCCGUACCCGUUAGGCAGCGUUUCCUCCUUCGCCCAGUGGCCCUACGACUGCAUCGAGGAGGACGAGCUGGAGCAGGACACUGGGAGUCAACCCUCCAUGAUUACGGAGAGCUCCGAGACUUCCUCCCAGUGCACCUCCAGUGACAGCGUAACAGGGCUCAGCACCCUCACCAUCCCCGGCCACACCGGCAUCACCAUGGACUCCUACAACAACAACAACACCACCGAGUCCUCCUCUUUCCUCUGCUCCUCCACUCCUCCCUCCUCCAUCGUGCCUCCAUCGAUAUUCCAGAAAGAUGAGGAUCUCCAGCAGCCGGGCACCAAGUUCAUCACAGCAAGCAAGACCUCUCAUAUAGCAGUAGGCCUCUCUACAGUGGUCUGAGGGGUUUUAGCUCACUGUGAAGUCCUCAAGCAGCAGUUUGUAUUUCGCAUCAAGAAGAUGGAAAAUAAGAGUCAAACUUCAGAGCACUAAGACUUUAUUGGCUACAACCCCACCAGUACAUGACAUUUCAAUAUGACACUGUAAAUUGAGAAAUGACACAAAAUAUACACUGUCAUGAUGGUACGUCAGACGUCUGUACAUUUGUUUUAAGGAACUAGGCACGUGUUUAUAUUGUAGAUGUAUUUUACAGAACAAAAAGUAGCAAAACAAUCCAGAAAAUGUCGUUCUUUUGUUGUCGCCAGUCCUGCGUUGUGAUAAAUUUGUACAGAAGAUUAAAAUGUUUUAAACAUA